AUCGCAUCGAGAACAUCAAGGCUCAAACUGAGGCUGCCAUUGCCGCUGGAGAGCUUCUACACGAGGUCGCCUCUAGAAGACGAUUCAAGAAUAAGAAGGCCUGGGCAGGACCUGGAAUGACCUGGGUAGUCCAGUACAACAAGGAGAGCGAUAGCGUAGUGCACGAUAUCGUCAUGUCUGAGUUCAAAAGCGAGCAUAGAGCCCUUGCCUCCGUGUCGGAGGACACAUCUGGGGAUGAGGAGAGUAGCAGGGACAACGACCAUGCGGGCCACCAAUGGAUUAUGGACACUGGGUGUGGGUCAGAUUUGAUUUCCAAGGCUAAGGUUGAAGAUCACAAUCUACGGAGAUCGAAGGCGAAGGACCCCAUUCAGCUUCAGACCGCAAAUGGCAAUACUAAGGGGUUGGAUGUGGUUACCAUGAACAUCGUUGAGUUUGAUGAGAGCGUUGAACCAUAUGUUCUUCCUGACACCCCCUCUGUUCUUUCCAUCGGAAGGAGAUGUGUGCAAGAGGGGUACCACUUUGUUUGGUUGUCAGGCAAGCAUCCAUACCUUAUAACCCCCACUGGUAAGCUUGUUGCCUUUGCUGUUGAGGAUGACAUUCCCUAUCAUAUUUCCGGAGAUCCCAGGUGCCAACCGGUUGAGCCCACGCAUGAGUUGUCUAUUCCGCGCUUGAUAGAACAUCUCCGGAGCGCUGUAGAUGACGACAACAAGCCAGCCGUGCCAGCAGAACAUAAGGAUCCUGCGGAUGAAAUGAUUGAGGAUGCCAUAAGAUCCAUUGAGGCAGAUGAAAGAGGCGCUGAACCACCAGUCUCGGGAAUCCCGGCUGGAGGACAGGACAAGGACAAAGCUGAGCGAAGUGAGUCCGAAGAGGUAGCGCUGGAAGAGGAUCCGGCCUGUGUUCGGGGUAAGAUGAGACACUUGUACACUAAGAAAGGAGCCUUUCAGAGAGAGUUAAAAGAAUGGGGUGACGUUGUGACGCUAGAUUUUGUGUUUCCCGAAGACCAAAUGGAUGAUGACUUUGUCAUGAAGAUGCUCACCGUGAAAGACGUCUAUACUAAUUUCAUUGGUGCCUAUCCGGUAGACACGAGAUCUGAAGUCAACGUCAGGAAUUCCCUCAAGUUCUUCAUGGGCGAUAGAAAGAUCAAACUGUUGUAUGGAGACAACGCUGAGGAAUUUGAGAAAGCCGCUAACUCGAUGGAAAUCCCAUUUGACAACUCUGUUCCUAACCGCAAGCAAACCAGUGCCAUUGUGGAAAGGACCAAUCUUUACCUUGAGGAUCCAGUCGCCACGUGUUUGGUUGCU